GCUAUCGGGCUCUUAUCACACGCGUUCAAAACCCUUAUUCAAAGCUACUCAUUUCUGGAAAGAGGGAGAAGCAAAGUGAAGGAAAGAGAGCAGAAGAAGACCGCCGGUCGAUGCUUCACUUAAUUUGACACGAACGAGGAUAUCAGUUUCAUUUAUUUCUCACUGGGAUGCGGAUUUUCCUCCUCCUUUUCUUGACAGCGCGCGCUUGACCCGCAUCUCUCGCAUCACACGGAUAUAUACGGAGAAAAAAAUUAAGAUGAAGUGGCCUUCGAAAGUAGUUUUUGACGGCGUGCCGCCCGCUAAGGCUUCGUUUUUGCUUUAAUCGUGUUGAAGAGCGCUGCACCGGGCACCACGGAACAGCGGGAAUUGACAAGGCACGCGCGCGCAGUGCUUAUAAAACAACAGCUGAUCAUUAAAGCUCACAUCAAGCCAAAUAAAACACUCGCAGAAGAAUAAACAGCGUUGGUUUUGUUGCACAGAAACCGCGGAAGCAUUAAUAAACGACGAGCUUUAAAACAGCAGGACAAUCCCCAAGUGCCCCAUCCGGUGGGUUCAGUUUUUGAGUGGACGGGAUUCUGUGAUGUGGAGAGCUGCUCCGGAGUUGAGAGCCCAAUAGUACACCAACAACUUCCAGAGCCUCAAGAUGGAUUAGAGCUUCACGCCUCCGGAGAUCAAAGGUGGCUGUGUGAAGGGGGACCCCCAGGGCUGGACCCAUGAGGAGUCAAAGAAGAUGCUCGCAGCCUGGGCGCCUCUGCUCUUCUUAGCCAUGUGGGUGAGAAACGCCACCAGUGGCCCGCUCUCAUUCAGAAUAGCUGCCAUUCUUGAUGACCCGAUGGAGUGUAGCCGAGGGGAGCGACUGGCCAUCACUCUGGCCAAAGACAGCAUCAACCGUUCCAGCAAUCGCUCCACCACAGGCAAACUGGAGGUGGACAUCUUUGAGCUGCUCCGAGACAGUGAAUACGAGACAGGGGAAACGAUGUGCCAGAUCAUGUCCAAGGGGGUGGUGGCGGUCCUGGGCCCCUCUGCCAGCCCGGCAUCCAACUCCAUCAUCAGUAAUAUCUGCGGAGAGAAAGAGGUGCCCUACGUGAAGGUGGCUCCGGAGGACAUACUCAAGGUGCAGUUUCCUCGCUUUACCACGUUGGACCUCAGGCCUACGAACACCGACAUCAGCAUGGCUGUAGCCGGAUUGCUCACCUUCUUCAACAGCAGCACAUCGUGUCUCAUAUGUGCUCAGGCCGACUGCCUAUUAAACCUGGAGGUGUUACUGCGACAGUUUCUCAUCUCGAAGGAAACCCUUUCCGUUCGCAUGCUGGAUGACAGCCAGGAUCCCACCCCGCUUCUCAAGGAGAUCCGCGAUGACAAGACUGCCACCAUAAUAGUGGAUGCCAACGCCACCAUGUCUCAUGUUAUUUUGGAAAGGGCCUCAGAGUUGGGGAUGCUGUCAGUCUACUACACCUACAUCCUGACUUCCUUGGAAUUCUCCCUGCUACGAUUGGACGAUUUAGCUGAUCAGCGAUUUAACAUCGUGGGCUUUUCAGUCUUCAACAGGACGCAUCCUUUCUUUCAGGACUUUGUGCUCAGCCUCAAUCGAUCCUGGCAGGAGAACUGUGAUCACGCACCGUUUGCAGGAACACCGCUGUCAUCAGCGCUGCUGUUUGAUGCGGUACAUACGGUGGUGGCAGCCGUGCAGGAGCUGAACCGCAGCCAGAAUGUAGGAGCCACUCAGCUCUCCUGCAAGUCCUCUAAGAUCUGGGAGCACGGCACGAGUCUGAUGAACUACCUAAGGAUGGUAGAGUUGGAAGGUCUAACAGGCCACAUCGAGUUCAACAGCAAAGGCCAGCGUUCGAACUAUGCCCUGCGGAUCAUGCAGAACAGCAGGGAUGGCCUAAGGCAGAUCGGUCAAUGGCAUUCAGAGCAAGGACUGUCCAUGGAGAGGAAGCUUCCUUCACUUAACGUGACGGACACACUAUUCAACACCACUCUUACCAUAACUACCAUCCUGGAAAACCCAUACGUAAUGCUGAGAGCCAAUCACCAGGAGCUUGAAGGGAACGAUCGCUAUGAGGGCUUCUGUGUGGACAUGCUGAAAGAGCUGGCGGAUAUCUUGAAGUUCAAAUAUCGCAUUCGGCUAGUUGGAGACGGUGUGUACGGGGUGCCGGGAGCCAAUGGUACCUGGACAGGGAUGGUGGGAGAGCUCAUCAGCAGGAAAGCUGACUUGGCUGUGGCUGCACUGACCAUCACGGCUGAGAGAGAGAAAGUCAUCGAUUUCUCCAAACCCUAUAUGACUCUGGGGAUCAGCAUCAUGUACAGAGUUCACAUAGGAAGAAGACCGGGGUAUUUCUCCUUUUUGGAUCCGUUCUCUCCUGGGGUUUGGCUUUUCAUGUUGCUGGCGUACCUGGCUGUCAGCUGCGUGCUCUUUUUGGUGGCGAGACUAACACCCUACGAAUGGUACAACCCUCACCCCUGCCUGAAGGGGCGCUGUAGCCUGCUCAUUAACCAGUACUCUCUGGGCAACAGUUUCUGGUUUCCUGUUGGGGGGUUCAUGCAGCAAGGCUCCACCAUCGCCCCAAGAGCUCUGUCCACACGGUGUGUCAGUGGAGUAUGGUGGGCCUUUACCUUGAUCAUCAUCUCUUCCUACACAGCCAACCUGGCGGCCUUUCUCACUGUGCAGAGGAUGGAGGUGCCCAUCGAGUCGGUAGAUGAUCUAGCUGACCAGACGGCCAUUGAAUAUGGCACCAUGCACGGCGGGUCCACCAUGACCUUCUUCCAGAACUCCCGCUACCAGACGUACCAGCGCAUGUGGAACUUCAUGUACUCCAAGCAGCCCAGUGUGUUUGUGAAGAGCACAGAGGAGGGCAUUGCACGAGUACUCAACUCCAAUUAUGCCUACCUGCUAGAAAGCACCAUGAACGAGUACUACCGCCAGCGCAACUGUAACCUCACCCAGAUUGGAGGCCUGCUGGACACUAAGGGCUAUGGCAUUGGCAUGCCUCUAGGCUCUGUCUACAGAGAUGAGUUUGAUCUGGCUAUACUCAGACUCCAGGAGGAAAACCGCCUAGAGAUCCUGAAAAGGAAAUGGUGGGAUGGUGGCAAAUGUCCAAAAGAGGAGGAUCAUCGAGCAAAAGGUCUGGGCAUGGAGAACAUUGGUGGGAUCUUUGUGGUGUUAGUGUGCGGUUUGCUGGUGGCCAUCUUCAUGGCAGUGCUGGAGUUUGUGUGGAUGCUCCGUCAUACGCCAGGAACAGAGCUGUCCGUGUGCGAGGAGAUGCUUCGAGAGCUGCAGGGCAUCGUGCUGUGCCAGGACAGCCUACAGUUACGGCGCAGGCGUGGAACCAGCGUGUUACGACCGCAACCUCUGCCCAUGGACGAGCGGCGGGCGAGGGCGGCAGCGGCGAGUCUCAGCAACGGCAAGCUGUGCACAGGCACGGGCCUGUCCGAACCGCUCUCCCACAGACUGGCGCAGGAGGCCGCCCUGGUGGCGCGAGGCUGCAGUCACAUUCGCAUCUGCCCGGAGUGCCGGCGCUUUCAGGGCAUUCGCGUACGCCCGUCCGGCCCUCCAGGAGCUUCGCCCAGCCACAGCGAGGAAAGUAUAGAGUGGGAGAAGGGCACCAACAACAGUGAACAUGAAUAACCUCUGUGACCUGCUUCGGAUAGACGUUAAACGGCAGCUCUGUUGGACCCAGGGAUUACAGGAGCGUAGGCUGUCCAGAUGCUGUCGGAUUUGCUGCUCGAGUCGGCGUCUGGUUUCUGUACACUGUCCUUACAGCCCUCUGCUUUCGGGGGACACAGCAGAGGGGCUUUGUACUAUGCAGUAUAUUUGUCUUACUGUGCUGUUGAUUUUAUUUUUAAAUUAUUCCUCUUUUUUUUGUUGUGAAACCACUAUAUUGCUAUUACUCCUUCUCGAGACACCCGUUUUGUUUGGUUUUUCACAUGACGGACAGCUGCAGACUCACUAUCGCUCAACUUUUUUUUAAAGAGUGCCAAAAUACUUUGUAUUAAUUUUGUGCUGUUGCCGUCCCCUGAAGAUGAAGGAGGAGUCCCUAUUAAGAGGAACUGAACACAAAAACAGUUUUUAUUAUAGUCAUAUUCUAUUAAAAAUGGUUUCGGGGAUGUUUCUGAAUGUUUGAUGUGCAUGUAAGAGGGGUUUUAGAUGCUACCGAAUGGAGAUAAACAUAAGAAUUAUAUUUUUUUCCUGGUCGAAGACACUUUCUACACUUUGCUUUUCGGGCUUUUGAGUUUGAUUCAUAUUGUUGCACUCCUCGGGUAUGAAAAUUGCACAUAGUUGUGGAAAAGUGGAAGAUUAUACUCCCAUUUGCUUUAGGAAACUAAUUUGGGUUUAUACACAUUUUCAUUCACCCCUAUUGUUUUUUAUCAUUCCAGCAGGACGCUUGAAGGUAUCAUGUGCGUUUGUUUCUAAAAAAAAAAAAAAAAGUGAAAUCUGAGGUGUUUUUGUUCCUGUCAAGGUCUUAUUCAUCUGUAUCAAUCAAUACAUGAUGAAAUCAACAGGGUCACUCCAUCUAGACACAUCUAUGUGAUGAGAUAUUGGAGAUUGUAGACUUAUAUACAUUCAGGUAUUUCUUUCUCUUUCAUAACAUCAUAAUGUUUGAAGUUUCAUGUUUUGGUCUUGAAUUCAUUCUGUUGUUUUCAAAGAACGAACGCCCUUUUAAAAAUGGAUUUAUUUAGUCGGUUUUAUCAACACACCACGGCCGACGCAGAAUUUGGAUACCAAAAUGAAAUUAUUUUAUUAGGCAUGAUGUUAUCCUCGACUUGCAGUGCCAAAUUGUAAUAACCUGCCUUCACAUUUUGGAGAGCCAUUAGAGGUUACUUACUACCCAUGUUGAUUUUUUUCUGUGCAUUUCUAUUGAACUGAAUCCAUUUCUACAUGAUAUUUCAAUACGGUGUUAGUGCCUGAUGAAAAUAAAUGGCAUUGUGUUCA